AUGAUGAAGGCUUUCGGUGUCAUCUUGUCCCUCCUCUCUCUGGCCCUUGUCCAGGCCGUUCCGACACCCAUCCCAGCCCCCGCCGACAACAGCACUAUCGACGGAGUACGAGAUGCCCUCAAGCUGCAGGCCCGUCAAGGAGGGCCUCGAGCAACUGUCUUCAGCAAGUGCACGGUCCCUAACCGUGUUGCACUGACCUUUGACGAUGGACCAUACUGGUAUACCCAACAAAUCGCCGAUAUGUUGAACAACGCAGGCGCUAAGGGAACCUUCUUCGUCAAUGGCCAAAACUGGGCUUGCAUCUACGACACUGAACUGUCAAGGCAGCUCAAGUAUGCUUAUGACCAGGGCCACCAGAUCGGCUCGCACACUUGGGCUCACCAGAACCUGGCUACCCUUAACUGGGAUCAGAUCCACCAUCAAAUGUGGUUGGUCGAGCAGGCUGUUAUGCGCAUCACUGGUGCAUACCCCGCGUUCAUGCGACCUCCCUACGGAAGCUACAAUAACCUUGUCUUGGAAGCCUCUCACGUCCGUGGCCAGCAUGUCGUGAUGUGGGAUAUGGACUCUGGUGAUACCGGUGGCGUCUCCGUGGCCCAACAGAAACAGCGAUUCACCAACAUUGCCAACAACCGUCCAUCCAAUGCUUUGACUCUGCAGCACGAAACCCACUGGUCCACUGUCAACGAAGUCCUCCCUCAUGCUAUCAGCGUCCUCCAGGGCGCAGGCUACCAGCUCGUCACCGUCGCCGAAUGCUUGGGUAUGUCUCCAUACCAAUGGGUCGGUGCUCCUCACACCCGAGACUCAAGCUGGACCUGCUAA